AUGCUAAAAGCCAAAAAAGUUUUUGAUCAAGAAGAAUUAAAUGAACAUAAUGAAGUAUCAGAAAAUGAACAAAUGUUGAAUGAUGAUCUUAUUGAAGAUAUUAAGAAUAAGAAAUUGUUUGAUGAAGUUUCAGACAACCUCAUAACUCCACUUGUCAAAGAAUUGGAAACAUUUGAGGAUGGAGCAUUUAUCACCUACCAUGUUAUUGGCUACAAAGAUUUAAACAUUCAAGCUGUGUAUGAAAGUGUGCGCAAAUUUUCAUAUGAUAAAACAUCAAGUUUCAUAUUGGAGCGUUUCAUUGUAGCAUACGAUUAUCUAUUUAAAGACAUUGGAACAAUCACAAACAAAAAGUUUCUUUCAAGUGCGAUGGUAAUGCAAAGAAUGGUUGUUGGUUAUGUAAUGAACAAUGAGGCUGUUUCUUCACACAUGAGCGAAGAACCAAUUCGAACAAUUAAAAGGUGUAUUCUCAUGUCACAUGCAGCAUUUAGUAGAGAUAUUCUUAAGCGCGCAAAAACAUUAGCAUUGAGUGCAAAGACGAGGAAGACACAAGUGAUGACCAAUAACACUGCUCAAAGAAACCAAAUUGAAGAAGAAAGAGAUGUAUUGCCAUAUCUGUUAAUUCAACCACGAAAGGUGAUUAAAAAAUAUUCUGUGUUUUUAUACGUUUAG